UGAAGGGUGAGACAGGUAAAGCGAUUUUGCCUCGGCCGCGCAUCAGAUGCAUGUAGCCGCGGAUAAAAUGUUCACUGUCAGCACUGGGUGACAUAUUCAGAGAGUUGUUGGUCAUUGGUGUUUCACCUGUAGUAUCGGAUAUUUAGUGUUCACUGAUACAGCGCGGGAGCACAGCUGGUUCCAAGACAGGACGUUAUCAACUCAACUAAACCUCCCAACUCAAGUGGACGGAGAUAGUGACUAUGGGUGAAUGGGUGUCUGCAGACGAGCCGGGAGAGGGUGGGGGUCAGCCGGCACCCCCCUGGGACCCAGAGCAGGAUGAGGAGCUCUGGGACAGGGUGGAGGGGGUGAGGCACAAACUCACACGCGUCCUGAACCCGGCCAAGCUGACCCCGUACCUGCGGCAGUGCAAGGUCAUCGACGAGCAGGACGAGGAUGAGGUCCUCAACUCCACGCAGUACCCGCUGCGCAUCAGCAAGGCUGGCCGUUUGAUUGACAUCCUGCGUGGGCGGGGCCAGCGGGGCCUGCAAGCCUUCAUGGAAUCUCUGGAGUUCUAUCACCCUGAGCAGUACACCCAGCUGACGGGACAGAAACCCACCCAGCGCUGCUCCAUAAUCCUGGAUGAGGAGGGCCCGGAGGGGCUGACCCAGUUCCUCCUGCUGGAGGUGCGGAAGCUUCGGGAGCAGCUGCGGGGGAGCCGGCUGUGUGAGCGCCGCCUGUCCCAGCGCUGCCGCGUCGCCGAGGAGGAGCGUGGCCGGGCUGAGCGGCGGGCGCAGGACCUGCGGCGCGAACGGCUGCAGCUGGAGAGGCUGCGUCAGGACUGGGAGGCGGGGAGCCGGGAGCUGGGCCGGCUGAAGGACAGGCAUCUGGAGCAGGCGGUGAAGUACUCCCGUGCCCUGGAGGAGCAGGGAAGAGCCUCAGCCCGCGAGAGAGACCUGCUAGGGCAGGUGGAGCAGCUGAAGAACAGGCUGAUGGAGGCUGAGAAGAAGCUGGAAGGAAGCACCACCUCAGUGGCACCAGAGAAGAGGAGCAGUCAGAUGAUAUUCUGCCCGGAGAGUACCACCUCCGUCCAGCAGGAGGCGCCACAGCACACUGACACGCAAUGCAAGGCGCGCAACGACACACAGCACCAGGCUCUCCUGGACAUCCUGCGGCAGGACCGCAAGGAGGCAGCUGAGCAGAGGCACGAGCUGUGCAGUACCAUCACCAGACUGCAGGAGGAGCUGGAGAGCACCGAAGCACAAAGGGACAAGCUGGAGUCCCAAUGUGAGACGCUGCAGCUGAAGGUUCGAACCCUGCAGCUGGACUGGGAGACGGAGCAGAAGAGGAGCGUCUCCUAUUUCAACCAGAUCAUGGAGCUGGAGCGAGAGAGGGACCAGGCUCUGCGCAGUCGGGACAGUCUGCAGCUGGAGUACACUGACUGCCUGCUAGACAAGAACAAUCUGAGGAAGCGGAUCGCAGAACUGCAGGCCAGCCUGGAGCAGCUGCAGAGGGAGAGGGAGAGGGAGCAGGAGAUGAGCAGGGACCAGAGCGCCCCCUGUCUGCACUGUUCUCACCUGUCUCUGUUCAGUGAGGACCAGUGCUACGGCCCCUGCUGUUCCCUGGGGCUGUCCCUGUCAGACAUGGCGGUGUGCGGAAGCCCUCGCUCUGACGGCUCACACCAACUCCUGCGCAAGACUCCCUCUAGAGGCCAAACCAGUGACAAAUCAGAGAGUUCAUGCUCAAAUUCCGAGGAAAAUCUCCUGACUCCGAUGGAGGACAGUGAAAAGGACAUCAACAGACUCUCCAUCUUUCCUUUCCCUCCCUGUAUGAAUUCCAUUAACCGUCGAUGCAAUACUGAGUUUGACCUGGACUCCUGGGGCAGCGAUGAAAAUCUGUCAGGAGGGCAGAGCGAACCCUCCUUGUGGGAUUCCUGGAGCUCGCUGAAUUCCAACUUGUUCCCCCCUGACCUCGUCAACCUGCCCCCCACUCCCCCACAGAGACCUGCCCUCAGCGCAUUUGGAGGGGAGCCCCUCACCCGCUCUCCCACCCCUCCCAAAAAAGGCAGCCUGGCCGAUGACAUCACUAUCAUCGGGGGCAACCAUACAGGGAUAUUUGUCCACACUGUGAGGGCGGGGUCACCAGCUGAGCAGUGCGGUCUGAAGAAGGGCAGUGAGUUACUGGAGCUGGAGCGGGUGCUGUUUGGUGGGGGGAGCGUGCAGUUUGGACAGUGCACCAGCGAGGUGGCCCAUUUCUCCCUGCAGUGGUGGACCGAACCCUCCUCCCUAAAACACCAGCUCAACACAGAGGCCUACUCCAAACUGUGCACACAGCUCUCCUCCCCUUCCUUCCUGGGCUGCGACUCCUUUUACGUCAGGGUCAACAUGGAUCUGGACCCCAACGGCGACCCUCCUUCUCUGGGGGUGCACUGCGAUGACAUCCUUCACGUCAUGGACACAGUUCACAAUGGGAAGUACCAGUGGCGCUGCGCCAGGGUCGAACCCCAAACCGCAAAGCACCUGCAGGCAGGUGUCAUGCCCAACUACAACAGGGCACAGCAGCUGUUGCUGGUGAGGCUGCGCACCAUGGCUCUGGGACUCACAGACUAUAAGAAGAAGUUCUCCAAGAAGUGCUCUGAGCGCGUGCGGCUGGUGAAGGCUGUGUCCCCGUGCUGUCGAAGGAUUGGCUCCUCCCCGCAGGUCCUCUACACACUCAGUCACCGACAUGAGGAGAAUCUGAUUCCUUACAGCAUGGUGCAGCCUGUAUCGAUCCCGUCCAAACGGCCUGUUAUUUUCUCCCCGUCUUUGCUCUCACGUGGUCUGAUUGAGAGGCUGCUGCAGCCCGCAGAGUCUGGGCUGGACUUCAACACGUGCCAACCAGAGCCCAUCAGCGCUGCAGACAGAAAGGAUAAGAAGGUUUUUCUGUUGGAUCCAUCCAUGCAAGAACAGACACUGGGGGUCAGGCUGGAGUCUAUUCAGGAUGUCAUAGGCCAGGAUAAGCACUGCCUGUUGGAGCUGGGCGUGGCCAGUGUGGAGGGGCUCCUCAGACAGGGUGUCUACCCCAUCGUCAUUCAUAUCAAGCCCAAGGACAAAAAAGGCAGGAAGUUCAAGAAGCUGCUGUCUGGACGCAGGGAGGACGGUGUGAUGGAGCAGGUUUGUCAGGCUGAGGACCUGUACCUGGAGAGCCUACCGCUGCUGUACUACACUCUCGAACCCAGCACCUGGAGCUGCACUGAAGAGCUGCUGGUUGCCAUACGCAAUGCUAUCCACAGCCAGCAGAGGGCAGUGGUUUGGGUGGAACCAGACAGGCUGCAAUAGAUAGCAGGGAUGCGUUCAGUCUCUCCAAUGUUUCUCAACGUUGUGAACUUUUUGCUCAUAAACAAGCAGCUUAUGAUCAAAAAGCUUAAAACUGUUCACCAUGUUUUAGAACAGCCUUCAAAGGUAUCUCUCUUUAGUUCCAUGGGUGUGACAUUAUGGCAAAGGCAUGAGACUAUAGCAUACAAAUUAAGCAGCAGACACUCUUACCCAG